AUGGAUUUCUUGGAUUCCAUUGAUUUAGAAUCGACUUGUAGAAAGUCGAAUCGAGUACGAUCAUGGUAUCUGUAUGAGCAGUACAAAUCGUUGGAGAAAAUCCAGAUGGACGCGGUGGCGAAGCUGCGCGACCGGUCGUACCAGGAGCGGCUGCUGCACCGCGAGCUGUGCGAGAGGCGCGCGCGCCGGCGGCUGUGCGGCGACGUGGGCGCCGUGUCGCGCAGCGAGUGCGGCUUGCAGCGCGACCUCGGCGACGUGCACUCGUGCGUCACCGCCAGCAACAACGACUUCUUCGAGAGCUUCAACGAGAUCCAGGACGAGGAGAUAUCUCCCCGCAGCGACCACGAUCACGACACCGACGGCACCUCUACACAGGGAGACCACGACUGCCGACCGUACAUCGACGAACUUAAAAGCACGGAAAACGAUGACGAAGAACUUGAAGAGUGCAACAAAAAUUCUAGUUUUGACAGCGUGAUUGCGAAGUUGCCGGUCGACAGUAUAGUGUUCAGCGCGAACGUAUCAAGCAACUUGGCGGAUGAUAUUAAACAGGAGUUGGAGUUCGUCAAGAAGACCAUCGCGGAGAACAUUGACAUGCAGCUCGAGACAGUGAAGGAGAACAUGCAAUGUUUGGAGGAGUAUUCGAGGUUUCGCGAGGACUCAAACAAGUUUGAUGAGAACUCGUUGAAUAACGAUAGGUCUUCGACGAAGCUUACCAAGGGGGAGUGCAAGUCGUCGAAGUGUGAGUACGAGUACGAUGACGAGAGCAUCUGCUCGAUCCAGCCGUGCGCGCUACCCAUCAAACACGAUGAUGAACUCACCAACAAUGUGUACACGUUGUGGUCCAAACUAGUGUCAUUUGCGUACCAAGUGAUACAGCUCAAUCACGGUAACUGUUACUACGACUACAGUUCUCAGUUCCUGACAGCGGUGUUGGCUUGCGACGUGCUCCGGAGAGGCGUCAACAGAAUGUGUCAUAUUUUGCAGCCCUACGUUUCUCCGAUAAAAUAUGCCAGUGAAGAUACCAUGUCGAUUAAUACUCGUAGUGUUAAAAUACAAAAACCAGUGAAACGGAAACUGUCGUCAAUAAUAAAAGAAUCCAAGAAAUUAUUUGGGCAUAAGUGUAAACCAAAAAAAUCAAGUCGAGGCGUCAAGAUAUCCAAUGUGAAAUCACCAAGUACAUCACGGUCUUAUGGUGAUAAAAAAUAUCACUCAGAGAAAAACUGGCGUCACUCGUGUAGUCGGGCCGAGGGGAACAAAAUUCGCUUCAGCGAGCCUUGGCGUAGUCUGACUACCUACCCCAGCAUCGUACAGUACAGUGACAAAUAUUCCAGUACUAUAUGGCCGGAAGAGUUCAGCCGGUAUUCCGACGAAGAGUUUUGGAGCUGUCACACACGCGUGGCGAACCCCAUGUUGAAACUAGCUACGUACAUAGACAGUGUCAUAAAAAAUAUUGGCGAUUACAACGUGUGA